AUGGCCGUGCAGGGUCGGCCCAAGGUGCUCAUGUUUGAUAUUGGAGGUGUUUGUGUCCAAUCUCCCUUCCAGGCCAUCCUCGACUAUGAGAUCAAGGAGGGCAUCCCGACGGGCUACAUCAACUACUCGAUCCGAGCGCUGACGCCCAACGGGGCCUGGCACCGGCUGGAGCGCGGCGAGAUCCCCAACGACGCCGAGUACUUCCGCAUGUUCAAGGCGGACCUGCAGCGGCCGGACCUGUGGGCGCAGUUCCACCGCGAGAAGCUCGGGGUCACGGACGCGUCGAAGCUGCCGCCUGUCCCGGACAUCGACACCGAGUCGCUCUACUGGACCAUGAUGACCUACUCGCGCAACCCGGACCCGUGGAUGUACCCGGCCCUGCUCAAGCUCAAGGCCGACGGCCGCUACCGCCUCGCCGCCCUGUCCAACACCACCGUCUAUCCGGAGGGCCACCCGUUCAACAACCCGUCGGCCGACGACGUGCGCCAGGUCUUUGAGAUCUUCGUGUCCAGCGCCCACGUCGGCAUGCGCAAGCCCAAUCGCGACAUCUACGACUACGCCGUCAAGCUGAUGCGCGAGAAGUGGGAUCCGACCAUCCAGUACCACGACAUUGUCUUCCUGGACGACAUUGGCGAGAAUCUCAAGACCGCCCGUAGCCUGGGCAUGCGGACCAUCCGGGUCGUGCUGGGCAAGACCAAGGAGGCGGUCCAAGAGCUGGAGAAGGUGACGGGCCUGUCGUUGGUCGGCGAGCCGUGGACGAAGGCAAAGUUAUAG